UAUGACAGAGGCUGGAAGGCUGCCCCCACCGCUGCCCCCACCGCUACCCCCACGACUAGACUGGUUUGUGCACACCCAGGUGGGCCAGCUGGCCCAAGGCGGGGUCCCCGAGUGGUUCCAUGGUGCCAUCUCAAGAGAGGAUGCUGAGAACUUGCUGGAGUCACAGCCACUGGGAUCCUUUCUCAUCAGAGUCAGUCACAGCCAUGUGGGCUACACACUCUCCUACAAGGCCCAAAGCUGCUGCCGCCACUUCAUGGUGAAGCUCUUGGACGAUGGGAGUUUCCUGAUGCUGGGGGAGAAGGUGGCUCACGCCUCACUGGACGCCCUAGUCACCUUCCACCAGCAGAAGCCAAUUGAGUUGCACGGGGAGCUGCUGACACAGCCCUGUGGGCAGAAUGAUCCAGCAAACGUGGAUUAUGAGAAUCUCUUCCUUUUCUCUAAUUCAUUGGCUGAGGAAGCUGCCAGCCCCACCCAAAGCCCAGCAUCAGAGGAACAUCAAAGGCUUUCCUGCUGUCUUGCCUGCUCUUGAUUUCAGGCCUCUCCAAAGCCAGUCUUGCCCCAUCAGCCAGAGGAAAAGAAGCUAUCAGCAGAGAUGGACAGAGUACUCAGAGAGGAAGCCUCUUCCUCUUACCUCCUGAAAUCCUCUCUUCGAGACACACGCCAGAAACUCUGGAGGAACCUCAAAACGCUCCCCGAGAGGGGCAAGAGGGUCCAACAACAGCUGAAGUCCCACCUCAUGGCUGUGAGUUUGUCACCACUCUGGGCUGCUGGAAAAUCAGCAGUGACCCAUGGCUCCAGAGACAAGGCCAACAGCCGGAAGCACCCAGGUGAUGCCACCAGGGAGGACAAUGUCUGCAGGGCUACAUCCCUUAAGAGCCCCUUUUGUUCCCAAACUCCAAGCGACAGAAAUUUCCCCUCCAGGAAGACCAAGUGGUCGGUCAGCUGGGACGAGGUGAGCCCAUGGGAUAGGAACUGGAACCAAUCAGUAGUGAGGGCCCUGUCCUCCCAGGUGUCCAAGCCGGAGUUGCAGGACUUGGCAGAGCCCCAGGAGGACUGGCUUCCAGAGGAAUACCGCCCGCCACCACCCUUUGCCCCUGGGUACUGAUAAAGAAGGGGUUCACCCCAGCUCUAGGACCCUUGCUGUCAUAGACUGCCACACUCCUGGGUGUCCUUGCUCCGCCACAGCCCCAUACCAGUCCUCAGGAACUCAGGAAAUACA